AGACUGUUUGUCAUUCUUCAACAACUUUCAUUGCUCACCUCGUCAAUCAAGCUGUCACACAUGAGAUUAUUGCACUUGAAACCCUCAUCUUCCUCCUUGAGCACUGAAUGGAUGACUCAAUUGAGAUUGUGGUUGGAUUCAUGUGUGAGGUUGAGGUGCUUAUGCAGGUCCAGAAAGACAAGUAUAAGGACAACCCAAUCAUACCAGACAGGUUGGACCUUGUAAAGGAAGAGGAGCAAGUUACACACCACAUACACCUUGAAGAGGAGUUGCAGGCAGAUAUUGAUAUUCUCAAGUUUGACCCCAAUUAUGUGGAGAAUGAGGAAAAGUACAAAGCAAUAAAAGCUGAGAUUCUUGGAGAGGGCUCCAAUGAUGAAUCUAGUCCAGAGGAGUCAAGCGAGGAAGAAGAGAAAGAAGCAGUCCACAAGCUCUUGAAGAUCCAGUCAAAGGAAGGAGAAGAGAUCGAGCUCAUCAACAUGAUUAUUGAGUGUUGCUCACAAGAGCACUCUUACUCCACCUUCUAUGGCCUUGUUGGGGAACGAAGACCAGCAAAGGUCACAGUCAGGGCCUGGCUCAGAGCCCAGAUGGCUCGUGUGACUACAGGCCACAUGGACAUGACAGGGAAUACACUUGGGAACUUGGUUGCAACUACAUGCAAGACAAGUACUGUGAAGGCUCAUGCUCCCCACCAUCUUCCCCUUGCAUAUAUGAAUAUACACAUAGUAUCAUUAUGUGACAUGCGGUCGAGUGGUGUGGUUGCAGAGGGUAAUGACAUGGCUGAGAGGGCACGGUGGUGUGGUUGUGGCAGUGCAGUUGUGCAACCGCAAAAAGUAAUGACACAGUCAAAUGGGUGUGGUGGCAUGGUUGCGGAAGGUAAUGACAUGGUUGAGAGGGCAUGGUAG